AUGCCUUCUGGAACUGCUGCUGAUGGUAGAAAGCGUCAAUUUCAUUCGGGGACUCAUGCUCUUCAGGCCCUCGAAGGAAUCGACCUCAAAGGAAAAACCAUUGCAAUCACCGGAACAACAUCUGGAAUCGGAGUCGACACUGCGAAAUCUCUUGUUCUCAAAGGAGCCCAUGUCGUAAUGCUCAACAGAAAUCUCGUGGAGUCCGAGAAACAAAAAAGAGCAUUUAUUGAAGAGAAACCGAAUGCUCAGAUUGAUAUCGUUCAGUGUGAUUUGAAUUCAUUGGCUUCAGUCAAGAAAGCGGCUGCGACUUAUUUGGAGAAACAGUGGCCCCUUCACGGUCUCAUUCUCAACGCUGGAGUCAUGGGACCAGCCACUAAAAUGACAUCUGAUGGAUUUGAAGCGCACUUUGGAAUCAAUCAUGUCGCACAUUUUAUUCUUGUCCAAGCGCUCCUCCCAGUGCUCCGUUCAUCCGCUCCAUCUCGUCUUGUCAUUGUCACCUCCGCUCUUCACAGUCAUUCAUGUGUCAAACCGAACUCUCCAAUGGAACAAAAACUAGCAACUCUCUGCCCGAAAGACGCUUCCAAAAUGUAUCUCCAUCUCUACUCGUGCUCGAAAAUGUGCAACAUGUUGGUGGCUUUUAAAGUGCAUCGCGAUGAGUUUUCCAAUGGAAUCAGUACGUAUUCAGUGCACCCGGGAUCUGGAGUCAGAACAGAUCUUCACAGAGACAAUGGACUUUCGAAAGUGAUCGGCUUCCUCUCCACUCCAAUCACUAAAAAUGCGAGUCAAGGAGCAGCGACGAGUGUGUAUUGUGUUGCUCACCCGGAGGUUAAGGAAGUUUCUGGAAAGUAUUGGGAGUCGUGUUGGGAUGAUGAGAAGAAUUUGGAUAAGAAAGUGGCAAGAGAUGAGGAACUUCAAGAUGCAUUGUGGAAGAGGACAGAGGAGUUGAUUGCGGAAUGGGAGAGAACUGGAAAAGCGAAUGGAAAGGCGAAGUGA